ACACAGCAUCGUCGCGUGCGCACGUCACGUGGACGACUUGCUCCGAACUUUGCCGAUUAUUUUACGAAGUUUGUGAAUUAUAUCAGUUGACGUUUUCUUGUGCUUUUCGGAUUCUGUGAACUUUUGACUGUCACCGUCGCCCCCAAGAUGGUCCACAUUAAGUUAGCGCUGGUACCAGCGCUGGUGUUGCUGUCGCUGGCUGCAGCCACCCCCCGCAAGACGUACAAGCGUGAAGCGCCCCUGAGCUCGUCAUACCUGCCUCCCUCGCGAGGUGGUGGCGGCCACGGGGGCGGUGGACACGGCGGCGGUGGACAUGGAGGCCAUGGAGGUGGCAGACCUUCAUCCUCAUACGGUGCUCCCAGGCCUUCCAGCAGUUAUGGACCUCCUAAACCUAGCUACGGACCACCGAAACCCUCGAGCAGCUACGGACCCCCACCAUCAUCAAGCUAUGGACCCCCAUCCCAAAGCUACGGACCUCCUCCAUCCAAACCUUCCAGCUCCUACGGACCUCCACCAUCUAAGCCAUCGAGUUCCUACGGCCCACCUCCAUCCAAACCCUCAAGCUCUUAUGGAGCCCCAGCAAGACCUCCAGCGACAAGCUACGGAGUACCAACUGGACCUUCUACAACAUAUGGCGCUCCUAAACCAUCCAAACCCUCGAGCUCAUAUGGUGCUCCCUCCAGCUCAUACGGAGCACCCUCACCACCGUCCAGCUCGUACGGCGCCCCGUCUCCUCCUUCAAGUUCAUACGGUGCUCCCUCAUCUGCCCCGUCCAGCUCAUACGGUGCUCCCUCAUCUGCCCCGUCUAGCUCAUACGGUGCUCCCUCAUCUCCCCCGUCUAGCUCAUACGGUGCACCAUCUCCUCCUUCCAGCUCCUAUGGCGCACCUUCUUCCGCCCCAUCUAGCUCAUACGGUGCACCAUCUCCACCUUCCAGCUCCUACGGCGCACCAGCCUCUCCUCCUUCUAGUUCUUAUGGCGCCCCUGCGUCUCCUCCAUCCUCGUCUUACGGUGCCCCAGCGUCUCCUCCAUCCUCAUCGUACGGUGCUCCCGCGGCCGCUCCAUCCUCAUCUUAUGGUGCUCCCCCCUCCUCGUCCUAUGGUGCUCCAGCAUCUCCCCCGUCAUCUUCUUACGGAGCUCCCUCAUCUGGUGGUAGCAGCGGAGGCUUCAGCAGCAGCGGUUUUGGCAGCAGUGGUUUUGGAAGCAGCGGUUUUGGAGGCAGCAGUUUCGGCUCUAGUGCGCCCUCGUCAAGCUAUGGAGCUCCAUCCAGUUCUUACGGAGCACCCGCGGCACCUUCAAGCAGUUAUGGUGCUCCUAGCAGCGGUGGCGGCGGCGGCCAUGGCUCAAGCGGUGGUUACUCUUCUGGCGGAUCCGGUGGAUACUCCUCGAGCGGUUCCGGUGGUUAUUCGUCAGGAGGGUCUGGUUUCGGUGGUGGCCACUCUAGCGGCGGUUCUGGCGGCCAUGGUGGUAGUUCAGGAGGUUACUCAUCCGGCGGAGGUGGUGGAUACUCCUCUGGAGGCAGCGGUGAAUACCCGUCAGCUGGUGGCUCUGGAGGAUACUCCUCGGGAGGUGGAUAUUCAUCCGGGGGCUCAUCUGGUUUUGGAGGCGGUCACUCAUCAGGAGGUGGUGGAGUGCCGGCUACCAUCAGCCAGAGCUACGACUCCAACGGUGGCUACGUGUACUAGAGCCUGCAGGCUGCUGCUCUCCUAGUACUCGUAUACAAUAGUCAAUUGUUAAGUUAUCACACAUCAGUAUUGAUGACGUUGCGAAUGUCACAAAUUAGGCUUAUAUGUAAUCAGCAUGUAGGCUUUGAAUAAAACCCUGUAUGUAUUAGAUAUUACAAAAUGGCGAAUUUGAUGGAAUGUGUAAAGCUCUCUGUUGAGCGUGGAAGUCUAUAAUAGUAAUGGACAGGACAGACACUAACUAACUAAUCUUUGAAGUCAAGAAGAACAAUACACGUUAGUAAGAUGGAACAUAUUCUGUCUAAUCUCAAAAUUGUGAUCUACAAUCGGAGGACGAAGUAUUACGUACUCGUGUAGUGGUGCUUACCGAGUAAGCGACGCUUCAAGUAUUAACAUUAACUUAAUUUGUAAUUAAUGUAAUGAAAUUGUACAAAAAUUUAGUUUUAAGCUCUCAAUGAAUAAUUAUACUUUUU